CUAAGACUUGGUUGGGCUGGAAGUAUUGCCUGGUUUCGAAGGAAACGAUCGAGACGCUCAGCUCUGCAGCAUCUGCGCUGUUUCCAAGAUGGAAUGUAGCCACCAGAUGGAAUGUAGCCACCAGAUGCUCCUGCUGUACAUAGAAAGCUUAUAUUGCCAAACAUAAAACUCUAUACUGUCUUCAACAAUCCAACCGGCCCACCCUUUCAAUCUAUAUCCCACAGCCUCUCCUUCGCAGUUUCCAACCACCAGAGAAACCCCAGAACCGCAAUGCCUCGUCAGCCAUCCAGAGAGCCGCGGCCGCGCAAGCCAGCCCACCCCCCCACGGACCCCAACCGCCCCUCCCCCCUCACCGAUGGAGCACGCUGGGUCCAGGCCAACCCGCGCACAGCAAGCGCCCUCGUCACCAGCGCGGUAGCCCUCGCCUUCCCGGCCGCCAUCUCGGCGCCCAUCCUCGGCGCCCUCGGGUUUGGGGCCGGAGGCAUCGUCGCAGGUAAGUUUCUUCUUGUACCUUCCCCCCUUCGGUUCCUGACCUUCCACCCAAAAGGCUCGUUCGCGGCAUGGCUGCACUCCCUCGUCGGCAACGCUGCUGCUGGCGGGGCGUUCGCGGUCCUCCAGAGCGCCGGCAUGGCUGGGUAUGGAGCUGUCGUCGUCAACGGCGCUGUUCAGAUUGCGGGGGGGUUGGGCGUUGUUAUUGCUGCCGCUGUGGGACGCGUGGCUGGGGGGAUGGCUGCCGUUUUCAGGGGAUGGUUGGGCCGUUGGACUUGGUGGACCGGAGAUUGAAAACUUUUAUUUAUUAUGGCGUGGGUCGUUUACUCAACAUGGACGGACACCUGAUGGGUGGAUGGUUGA